AUGGCGCUCAGAGACGUUGGAAAACGGAAGGUUCGUAAGUUAUGUGUACUGGCUGCCUUUAGCAAGAUAUUAGAAGAGUGGAGCGAGCUCAUCGGCAGCGGAGGAGACUCCGACGAAAAGCCCAAGGAAAGAGUCAAGACUGAGAACACCAAUCAUAUUAAUGUGAAGGUGGGGGGGCAGGAUGGUUCUGCGGUGCGGUUGAAGAUUAAGAGGCAUACACUCCUCAGUAAACGGAUGAAAGCCUAUUGUGAACCGCAGGGUUUGUCAAUGAGGCAGAUCAGAUUCCGAUUUGACGGGCAGCCCAUCAAUGAAACAGACACACCUGCACAGUUGGACAGGGAGGACGAAGACACAAUUGCUGUGUUCCAGCAGCAGACAGGAGGUGUCUACGAAAGGGGAACCUGCUUCUUGACUCCAGAAUCCUGUUGCUCCAGACCAAGAAGACAUUCUCAAUGA